CUCUGCCCGGGGCGGUGGCAGGCCCGUGUCCGGGCGGGGCGGGCGGGGCCGGGGUGCUGCCGUGCCCGGGAGAGGCGGCGAGCCGGGGUCCCUGCGGCCGGCCCCUCCCCUCAGCGCCGGGCGGGCGGCGCGGCCCGCGGCUGCCGCUGCGGAAGGUCCGCGGGGGCGGCCGAAGCAAGGCCCUUCCCGGGUGCUUGACCGAGACCCGCCGCCAGAGCCCGGGUGAGGGACCGACCGCCCCCGGCCGGCGCCUCCGGAGCGCGGCGUGACGGGGUCCAGGCCGCGGCGGUGGCAGCGGUAAGGGGCUGACGGUGGUGCUGGCACCGCCCCAGCGUUUUCCGUGAGCAGCUGCCUGUGGGCUAGCGAAAUUGUAAUUCUAGAGAAGAUAUUUUUGUUGAAAGUAAAUAAAAUGGCAACACUAGUUCACACUUUAGUGGACCAUAGUGAUGAUGUCAACUACUGUGCCUUCUCAUCAUCGUGCUUGGCUACUUGUUCCUUGGACAAAACAAUUCGUGUUUACUCUUUAAACAACUUUACCGAGCUUCCGUACUCGCCUUUGAAAGGUCAUACAUACGCUGUCCACUGCUGCUGCUUCUCUCCAUCAGGACGUGUUUUAGCGUCAUGUUCAACAGACGGCACAACCAUGCUCUGGGAUGCUGGUGAUGGCCAGGUGCUGGCAGUGCUAGCGCAGCCCAGCGGCAGUCCUGUCAGAGUCUGCCGAUUCUCUCCUGACUCCACGUAUCUCGUGUCAGGGGCAGCGGAUGGCAGCCUCAUUCUUUGGAACAUGCAGUCACUGAAACUCUACAGAUCUGGGAAUGUUAAAGAUGGUUCUUUGGUGGCCUGUGCAUUUUCUCCUAAUGGAAAUUUCUUUGUCACUGGAUCAUCGUGUGGUGAUUUAACCAUUUGGGAUGAUAAAAUGAGAUGCCUGUGUAAUGAAAAAGCACAUGAUCUUGGCGUUACCUGCUGUGAUAUUUCUUCACAGCCAAUUUCUGAUGGUGAACAUGGAUUCACGUACUUCCAGAUGGCUUCUUGUGGUCAAGACAAUCAGAUCAAACUCUGGCUUAUUUUGUUUGCGGAUUUCUUAGGUGUUGAAUUGAAAUAUAAAUGCACAUUGAAUGGACAUUCUGCCCCAGUUCUGGCUUGUGCAUUUUCUUAUGAUGGGCAGAUGUUAGUUUCAGGGUCUGUGGACAAGUGUGUCAUAAUAUAUGAAACUACUACUGGCAAUACCCUUCAUACUUUGUCUCAGCAUACCAGAUAUGUUACAACUUGUGCUUUUGCACCAUAUAGUCCCUUACUUGCCACAGGUUCAAUGGAUAAAACUGUGAACAUAUGGCACUUUGACCUUAAGCAGCCCUGUGCAGCAAAUACUGUAGAAAAUGAAUCUAAGGUGGCUGUUGAGGACUGGUCAGAGGAUGAUGUUUCAGCCUGGCUUUGUGCACAAGACUUAGCAGACUUUGUUGGGCUUUUCAAAAGGAAUAACAUUGAUGGCAAGGAACUACUGAAUCUUACUAAAGAAAGUCUGGCUAAUGAAUUAAAAAUUGAGUCACUAGGCCGGCGCAGUAAAGUCCUCCAGAAAAUUGAAGAACUGAGGAUGAAAAUGACCUCUGUUACUGUCCCUGAUGAGUUUUUAUGUCCUAUAACAAGGGAGCUUAUGAAGGAUCCUGUCAUUGCAGCAGAUGGCUACUCCUAUGAAAAGGACGCAAUAGAAAACUGGAUCAGCAAUAAAAGACGAUCUAGUCCCAUGACAAACCUUCCUCUGCCCUCUCUUGUGCUUACACCAAACAGGACACUAAAAAUGGCCAUCGGUCGCUGGCUGGAGACGCAGCAGAAACACACUUACACCACUUAGUUGUGAAGGUGUUCAUUAAAAUCAAUUGAAAUUAAGUUGUAUGAAGCUAAAGAAAAUAAUUGUAUCAUCAGAAACCACUGGAAGGAAAGCAUUAUGUUUCUGUUCUACCUGUGGCUGUCAUUUAAAUGUUUGUGAGAAAGUCUGCACUGUUGGAUGCUCCCAGAAAAUUACUGAAAAACUUCAGUUAUUGGUAAUUUCUGUUUAAGAUGUGCAAUUUUUCAAAUAAAGUUUUCUUAAAAUUUUCACUACA